GUGGUCUGGGACACAGCUCUCAAUAGUCGCCUUGUACGCUAGGGAUUUCCUCGUCGCUGGACAAUGAUGAGCUUGUCACGAGCAAGGCCCGAAAAUCCUGAAUCCUUUUCGUCACCAAGGGAAACUUGAGUGGCGAGGAUCGGAACAUGCGCACGGGAGCAGCUCACAUCAUAAUACAUCAAUUAAUGACUAUUUCAGGAGUCCAGGUAGCCCCCUCUGGUGUCAAAGUUACAUGGGAAGCCAUCGCAAAUCUUUCGGAUUUUCUGAGAAUCCCGAACAUCCUCGUAGACCUUGUCGAGAGGUAUUGCUCAAUCCUUUCCUUUUCAAGAACAAUACGUACGAUUAGCGAUGGCAUCUCGAGGUUGCGUCACUUUUCACUUCUUCACGAUUUCUCAACGUCUAGAAUCUCUACUUCUUUUUCUUUUCUUUAUUGGAGGUGUUGUUUUCCACUCGCAGUUGGUUUGACAGAGUCAACCUUUCAGCCAGUGCCCUCAAGGGCUUUUCUUACGAAAAAGAUCGAAAAUCAGCAAAGAGCAACAAGCUCUCAUCAUACAACCCGACCCAGUCUAUCGCUGACUGGUUACAACAUUUCUCUCUCGACGACGAUAAAGGCAUGCAAACGACUACUCAACCCCUAUCAUGAUACCGACACACCCUUUUACGGUCGGAAGUUGCCGCCUAGCUCAAACAUGACCAGUGACUGUAGACUGGUAGAGGUGCUGUUGUCUCCAGUUUCUACUACAUAGACAGUCUGGCCAGUUCUGCGGUAAGCUUUAACGUCGAGAUGAUUUUGCAGUCUCGAGUAUAUCACCUGCCUCGCUUCCUUUGAAUGUUCACGGUUCGUUAGCAUCCCAUGAUACUGCCAUCCACAUCUAGUCAGGAAUCCUACGGCCGCACUAGGUGCACAGCUCCAUUUUUAUUCGGCAAUAUCGCUUAGAUCCGCUCCGUGCAUACUUUACGAUAGAUAUGCCGUGAUGAUCUGGAGAAAAAGAAGGUCUGCGGGCUUCCACCGGCAUGAUCUGAUGUUACAGGCAUAGUCUUCGGCGUCUU